AUGCAUGUUGGAGUCUACGAAUCACCCGCCACUGACGAAUCGGGAUAUGACGGCUAUCCUUCCCAGCCUUGGGGUUGGAGUCAAACUCCCCCUCCUUGGGGAUCGAGUCCAACUCAUCCUCCAUCUCAGCCGUGGAGGUCGAGUCCCACGCCCCACCCUUUUCAAAGGAAUUUGAGCCGCUCGGCGUUUGGAGAUUACAGACCCAACCUGGACGCGCUUAACCAUCCGCUGCCGGAGACCCCUUUCCAUUCCAGCCAAUCUCCUUCCACCGAUGCAGAUCGAGAUGCACUAGAGACGAUGAUGGGUCUGCUCAGUCCGGACGUACUGGAUACGCCGGCAGCACGCGUGGAUACGCCCAUUCCGACGAGAGUCGGCGGGUCCGGUGGGGCGGGUGGAAGCAGUGGCGGAGGCGGAAGAGGCGGCAGCCGCGGUGGCAGCGGCGCCGGCAGUGGCGGUGGCGGCUAG